GGUGAGAAGGUCUCACUGCCGCUGCCUUGCUGAGUAGUGAGGCUUGUGUAGGAUGUCAUUAGCUGGUCUAACUGGCGAAUACUAUUUCGACGGUCACUAGGAAGCUCACAGAAUCUCGGACAUUAUUUGGUGGGUCUAGUUCAGGAAUCCUGUUUCCCGCGAUGUCAGGCACAGGUCUGUUUAUUUCAUGAAUAAUAGACCGCCUAAUGUUGGUAGGCAGGAAGAACACUUGUUGGGUGGUAUUAAAGGAGGGCUUCUCCUGUAUUAAAAGCACCUCUAGCAGCCGUAAGCACCUUGACUCAGACCUCCUUUCCAGUUAUUUCUGUAGGUCCCCAAUAUGUAUUGCAUUCCUUGUGAUGCUAGUAUGACGUGCCUAUUCCAUUUGAUUUUGUAUUGUGCCUACUUGAACACAACAGGAGAUCCUCUUUGCCAGUUUCUUGGUUUCAUGCAAGCUUAGAAGUUGACAUCCACCGACUGGACAUUUGAAUCGAUAUAUACCUCUUUAUUCUGUUUAAGAGGAUCUCUUGGUGGUGGGGCUAGGUUGUUUUUUAUUAUUAGGUUUUUGGGCAGCUGUUUUUGUAAGGAAGAGGUCCAGAUGCGUGUUAACGUCAGUGGUGGAGACUCUUUCUGUGCUAAUUUCCUUAAUUGCACGUUUGUCCCCAAGGUAUCUUUGCCAUAAGAUAAAGUUGAACACCGCUCUUUGGAUCGAGCUGUGGCUGUUCACGAUUGUUGUACCACCAAUCCAGUGCCAUAUGCAUUUGUUUUAUUGACUUACUGGUUGGAAAACCCAUUAUUUGUAAGCAUUUGGGAAAAGCAGUCUAGUUUUUGGUAGGUGCCCUGCCAAGAAGGGUGUUAAAACUUUUCUUAUGAAGGCUUUGAUGCUGGGGCUCUUAUAUCUUGAAGGCACUGUCUAUCUCCAUUAAGACCUUAUGCAGUCGUCGGCUUAGAAGGUGAUUUUAAAGCAUAUUCGUAAAAGAUUUAAUCUUCUUUCUUGCCUCGCCAAAUACUAAACAAGUAAAAAAUGCGCCGAAGUUUCUUCUGCACAAUUGAGUUUUCUGUACAAUGUAUAAUGCGGUAUAAAACCAUCAGCUAAGACUAGUAGCGCCUCAGUUGCUUCCCAGAUACAGUUGAGUGAGUGAGGGUGCGUCCCACACCUCCGGAAAGCGCUGCCAGAUGCAUGAUACAUGGCUAGCUUUAACCUUAUAUAAAAUAAAAACUACAGAGGCUAGAGGGCUGCAAUUUGGUAUAUUUGAUGAUUGGAGAGUGGAUGAUCAACAUACCAAUUUGCAGCCCCUAGCCUUUGUAGGUUUUUAGAUAUGAGGGCGAACAGAAAAAAGCACGGAAAGAAUAAAGUGUGGACAGAUGGACAAAGCCGUCACAAUAGUUUUCUUUUACAGAAAACUAAAACGAUAAUUAUUAACGAAUACGCAGUACUUACUUUCUUACACCACCCAACUAGUCUCAUAUGUUCCAUUUGUCAUGCAAGGAAUCAAUUCUCUGCUUUUAGUUUGGCAAAACGUCUUUAUAAUUCUUCAUUCUUCUACUUAAUGCAGACUUUAUCGUGGUCUUACCUUAGAAGUGAUUGGUAAAUGUGCCUUAGCGAUUGACGUCGAAUCUCAAAGGAACCCGGAUCAUCCGCUUCUUCAAAACUGCAAACAAAUUAGCAAGACUUUUAAGGUCAACAGCUUCAGCAGGGUAUUACGAGCUUUAUUUCCAUCUUCAGAAAUUUUCUUACGAAAAUAUCUGGGAGGAUUUUUCGAAGAUCGAUCUGUCAAGAAGCUGAAAUCGGACAUCCUGGAGGUCGUUGAAAACAGGAAGAAUAUGCGGGUUCGGCGGACAGUUGAUGCAUUGCAGCUGAUGCUGGAAGCUGCCCAACUCGUUUCCUCAGAGGAGGCCGAGAAGAAGAGUCCAAAGACCGAUUCCAGUGUUAAUCUCAGCAAUGGGAAAGAAGAAGGUGGAAGAAAACGACUGCAGAAUGGCAGAAAACUGGACAAAAGGGAACCGAAAAUGACGGAGGAGGAAUUGGCAGAAAAUGCCAUCUUUUUCCUAUUAGCUGGAUACGAGACGAUUUCCACUAUGCUUUCCUACACAACGUAUUUGCUGGCCAAGCACCCAGAUGUCCAGCAACGCCUCUAUGAGGAGAUUGUCCAGCAUCUCAGUAAUGAGGAGGUAGUUACUUAUGACAAGAUCAACGAGCUGGAGUAUCUAGACAUGGUUGUGAAAGAGUCAUUACGAAUGUAUCCACCAAUAGUAACUCCACUCUCUCGUGAGGUGAAAGAGGACUGUGAGUUUGAAGGAUUGAGAUUCCCAGCUGGUUCCUCGGUGUUUAUCCCCAUUGCUCACGUGCAUUACAAUGAGAAAUUAUGGCCAAAUCCAAAGGCAUUUGAUCCAGAGAGAUUCCACUCAAGUAAAAAGAAAGAUAUUCACGUAGCUUCCUUUUUACCAUUUGGUUUGGGACCUCGUAACUGCAUUGGCUUCAGGUUCGCUUUGAUGGAGGGAAAGAUUGCCAUAGCUCGCUUGCUUCAGCGAUACUGCAUCCAGAUGUGUGACCUGACUGAGGAAGAAAUAAAAAUGAAGGCUGCAAAUAUAGCCUUGACUCCUGAGUCGGGGCAUAUUUAUCUUCGCUGUGUACACCGUUGA